UCGAUUUAAUUGCUAAAGAAUUAAAUCGCUUUAUUAGAGAGACCAUUAUUUGGGUUUUUUGGGGUGAUUAGCAUACCCCAAUAGCUACUUCGUCAAUUAGUCAACCCCACUGCACUUCCUUUUCCUUUUCAUCGACGGAGUGAAGCAGACGAGAAAUCGCUAUCCAGUUUGAAAUCUGUUUAUUUUAAUUCUUUAUUGUUAAAUUUAAGUCAUUCUAUCGUAAAAUUUUAAAAAGAGAAAUAUUUGACCAAUAUCUUAUAGCUUUAGUUUCUCCAUUGUUUAUUUAUUGCGUUUGAUGAUGCACAUUUUAAACAGUGUUAAUCGGCCAAAUGUUUGAAAUUUAUAGUGGGCAUGAAUAAUACAUUUUCAGUAAUUAAUUUUCAAGCUACGUUGUUUUUUCUCAUAGUUAGAAGUUAGUUUCAGAUAAAUAAGAGAAUGCCAAGGGGGGAACCUGCUCGAAAGAGACCUGCUGCGUCUGCCAGCGCCGAGCGGCAACCAGCCCAAAGUAGUAAGAGGAGACAUACCGGUAGAUCGACCGCAAAUCCUGUUCCAGCAGUAGAGGACAACAUUAAUGCCGUGUCAAACAGUGCACCAGCUACCAAUGAUGCUACUGAUGCUGUCUGCACUCCAAGUUUGGAUUCUGCCUCUGUCAAUGGUCCUGGAUCCUCUAUCCAAGGCAGUACAGCAGAAGUUGUUAAAGUAUGGAUUGUUGGAUCCUCAAUUAUUUGGCAAGCAUUUAGUCAUGCUAGGUUGAAUGGGGGGUCCAAUCUUGAUUUUUCUCCAAUGGAAGCCAACAUAUGGUGGCAGGGAAAAGGCGGCAUGAGAUGGCGACAUCUCCUCCCAAAAUCAGCUACCGCCCUUAUGGCGGUGGACACUCCGUGUCCAUAUGGCGCAAUCUUUAGCUGA